AUCAGCAUGGAGAACAUUUCUGCGCAAAAUAGUUCAUUCACAGACUUCAAAUUAAAUGGUUUCUACAGCCUAGGAGAAUGGCGGCCUUUUUUAUUUAUCCCUUUCUUUCUAAUGUUUUUACUGUCUCUUACAGCAAAUUCUAUUCUUAUAUGCUUAAUUAUAUCUCAAAAAUCUCUGCAUUCUCCAAUGUACGUGCUAAUAGGGUUGAUGGCUGUUGUAGACCUGCUCUUGCCUAUAUUUUUUGUACCUAACAUGCUUUUUAGCUUUUUAUUCAACUGGGGUGGGAUAUCCCUAGUUGGUUGUUCGAUACAAACACUGGAUCGUUACUUUGCCAUAUGCAGACCUCUUUACUAUCAUAAGUACAUGGAAAUCCCUAACUUUGUAAAGUAUGUUGUUGUGCCAGUAUUCAGAAAUGGACUCCUCAUUGUCACCAUGGUCUCUCUGGCUGGAAAACUGUCAUUUUGUGCAACAAAUGUCAUUGAUCACUGUUUUUGUGAACACAUGGCAUUGGUUCAGUUAGCAUGUGGAGAUAUAACUAUUAAUAAUGUUUUAGGACUUUCAACUGCUUUCCUUAUACCAACUACUGAUUGUAUUCUUAUUGCUGUUUCAUAUGUUGUGAUUUUUGCCUCAGUGUUUAAAUCUGGUAAGGCCCAAAUGAAGGCCGUAAACACCUGCAUUGCCCUGAUUGCAUUCAUGUCAUACAGAAUAAGAAAUAAUUUUUCUAAUAAUAGUCGCAUGUUUGUGAGCACAAUGUACUUGCUUUUUCCAAGUUGUUUUAACCCAAUUGUUUAUGGAGUCAUAAGGCAAAAGUUUCUUCAGUUUAUAAGUGAUGUAUAGAUAUUUCCAUUGGACAAUAAAAAAAACAUGAUAAUACACUGAAAUUAAUUUUAAUAAAAGAAAUGUCCACAAAUGACUUCUUGCCAUUAUCUUGCCAUUAUCUUUAAAGGAAUAGUAAAAAACAAUACAAUUUGCUGGAAAUGUACUAAUCCCUAGGAUAGACAAGAUCUAGAUUAGUUUGUUUCUUUAUUAGAACAGAAACAAAGAAGUUCAAACAGCUGACCAAAUCUUCCACUAAAUCUUGGAUGGCCUGAUGGUGAGUAAACCUUCAUUUUGGGUGAAUGUUUUUUAUAUAAAUAAGGCAGAAAUUUGGUGUUAUUCUUGCUUGCCUCACCACUAUUGUCGGUACUAAUUUUGAUUUCUAGAAUUUUUUUUUUGUUCUGGCUGAACUAGACAAUGAUGGGCAGAAUUUGUGCCUUUAACCUUUGUCAACAAGACACAAUACUAUGCAAUAUAGUCUUGAGAGUUAUUUGAAUGAGGUCAGAAGAUAUACAGUACAGUAUACUGUAACAGUGGUGCCCAACCCUGUUCCUGGAGUUCAGUUCCAACCCUGCUUCAGCAAACCUGCCUGUAAUUUUCAAGUGCUUCUGAAGAUCUUAAUUAAAUGGUUAGUUUACACCUUAUUUAAAAGUCCACUCUAGACCUUCUACUAAGUAACUUUGUAACUACACGUAAACUACAUGUCAACUAUUGGUCAUAAUUUGCAUGUCUACUAAAUCUCAGAGCAGACUGUUAUUAUAGGUUUAGGGUUAGACAUAUAAGUUGACAUAUAUAUGUUUCUGACAGUCAGCAUGUU